CGGGCACCAUGAAGGACCGGUUGGAGCAGCUCAAGGCGAAGCAGGAUGCGGACGAUGACACGGAGGAGCUGGAGAUCGCAGUGGACAACACGGCCUUCAUGGACGAGUUCUUCUCGGAGAUCGAGGAGACCCGGCAGAACAUCGACAGGAUCUCGGAGAACGUGGAGGAGGCCAAGAAGCUCUACAGCAUCAUCCUGUCAGCGCCCAUCCCCGAGCAGAAGACCAAAGAUGACCUGGAGCAGUUGACAGCAGAUAUCAAGAAAAUGGCCAACAGCGUCCGCAACAAACUCAAGAGUAUGGAGCGCAGCAUCGAGCAGGACGAGGUGCGCUCCUCCGCUGACCUGCGCAUCCGCAAGUCCCAGGUGAGCUCCGGCCCCAUCCGGCCCCAUGGAGCCUGUUCC